CCAGCCAAAAAGGAGCAAGACGGCGGAGAUGAAAAGAAGCAGCAGCAGAAGAAGAAGGUGAAGGAGCUUAAGCUUCUGGACUCCAAGUGUGCACAGAACCUUUCCAUUUUUCUGGGAUCAUUCCGUCUCCCUUAUGAGGAGAUCAAAAUCGCUAUCCUGGAGGUUAAUGAGAAGGUCAUCACAGAGUCCAUGGUUCAGAGCUUGAUCAAACUCCUGCCAACAGCAGAGCAGCUGAAGGAGUUGGGAGAGAUGAAGGAUGAAUAUGAUGACUUGGCUGAGUCCGAGCAGUUUGGAGUAGUGAUGUCCGGCGUGAAGCGGCUGAUGCCACGACUUGAGGCCAUUCUGUUCAAGCUGCAGUUUGAGGAGCAGCUGAACAACAUCAAGCCAGAUGUGGUGUCUGUGACAGCAGCCUGUGAGGAGCUCACUAAGAGCAAGAACUUCGCCAAGCUGCUAGAGAUCAUCCUCCUCGUGGGGAACUACAUGAAUUCUGGCUCCCGAAAUGGAAAGGCUUAUGGCUUCUCCAUAUCAUACCUGUGCAAGCUGCGGGACACCAAAUCAGCUGAUUUGAAGCAGACGUUGCUCCAUUUCGUCGCUGAUACCUGUCAGGAGCAGUAUCCUGAGGUCAUGGGCUUUGUAGACGAGCUCAUCCAUGUGGAAAAGGCCAGCAGAGUUUCUGCAGAGACACUUCAGAAGAACCUCGAGCUGAUGGGCCGUCAAAUUAAGAAGAUGGAAAAAGAUCUGGAAACCUUCCCUCCUCCACAAAAUGACAAGGACCUGUUUGCAGAGAAGAUGUCCAGUUUUGUGGGUACUGCCAAAGAGCAGCAUGAGAAGCUGAAUCUGCUGCAUAAGAAUAUGGAGAAGCAAUAUUCUGACAUGGGGGAGUACUUUGUCUUUGACCCAGCAAAAAUCUCCAUAGAGGACUUCUUUGGGGACCUCAACACCUUUAGAAACAUGUUCCAGCAAGCAGUGAAGGAGAAUCAGAAAAGGAAGGAGGCUGAAGAGAAGAUUAAGAGGGCCAAACUGGCCAGGGAAAAGGCAGAAAAGGAGAAAGAGGAGAAACUCAAGAGGAACCAGCUUCUUGACAUCAACGCAGAGGGUGAUGAAACUGGUAUCAUGGAUGGCCUGUUGGAGGCGCUGCAGUCUGGCGCUGCUUUCAGGAGAAAGAGAGGACCACGGCAAGCAGCCAACCACAGACGAGCUGGUCAUGCAGUGACCAACAUCCUGGCCAAAGAGCUGAUGCAGGAGGACGCGCCUUCAUCCAGCAAACUGCCUGCUAAGAAGAAAAAGUCAGAGGAGAAGGAAGAGCCUAAAACAGAAGGAGCAGAGUCAUUAGAGGAGUUACUGGAUGCUGCUCCCUCUCGGUCCCAUUAGGCAUCAAGGGCAGAAGUUUUUUAUUCAGAGUCAGUGAUAUCCAAACACAGAUGUAUUUCAUAGCCAUUCCAGGGGCCAAUAUCAAUCUGAGAUUAGCUCACAGAAAAAAGCCCUGUGUUUCUUCAACCCUUGUCUUAACAGGACCAUCUUCUAGGGUAGCACUGACUGUGUCUUCUGGGAGGACAGGGAGUGGCAGAGGAUGAGGGAAGGGCUCUCACUUCAGCUGCAACCUGGAUUUCCCUCAUCAACCUUUGGAUUUUUGCCAUUGUCGUAAAGAUUUAAUUGCUUUCUUCAGCAUGUGCACAUAUCUCUUUAUGUAUUUUUGACUUUCAUAUGAUUCACCUGUCAUUCCUCAAAGGGCAUCUUGAGCAAUUCCAAAGACCUACUCAGGAGGGAUCCACCCUUUACUUUGCGGUUAUUUCCAAAUCCCAAAUUUAAACUGGGAAUAUCUGGAAUUUGGCACAUCCUGCAGGUGCUUCAUAGUUUUCUCUGGAUGUUCUAGGCCAAGACCACUUUGCGCUUUUUCACAUUUUUUUUUAAAUCUUAUGUUAUUUUGUAUUUGUCUGUAUGUUACUGUUUAUAAAUGUUAAUCACUUUGCUGUGUUACUGAAAAAGUGCCAACCAAUAGAAAUCGAGUCUUUUCAUUUCACUCCCAGGUUUUGCCCAAUCACAGUUCGCACUGGGCCUUUUUUGUGGACAAGUCCAACAUUGUCAUCACCUGGGUGUUCAGUGUUUUGUUUUGUUUUGUUUUUUACUGAGAAGGGAUUUAGUUAACUGGUUUGCAUGCAUAAGUUAGUUCACAAAGACCUGUCUACCACAUGUGCCCACAACAGUUAUAUGAAGAAAACCUGCGUACAUCCAUGAACAUGAGCAUUCCUGUAAACCCCAGAGGGAAUUAGAGAUGGAUUGGAGGAGAAAGUUCUUCCACAGUCAGUAAAACCAAAAAAAACUUUUCUUUUUAAAAGGGUGUUUCCUUACAAAAACUAGCCCGAGCAGUUUACAUGCCUGUGUGUUUAUGUGUAUGAGAAUGAGUGUGUGAAGUAAGCCGCCUAUAUUUAGUUUUAUGUGCACAUUUGACUUCCUACAUACGUGUGUGUGUGUGUGUCUGUCUGUGUGUGUGUGUCUGUGUGUGUGUCUGUGUGUGUCUGUGUGUCUGUGUGUGUGUGUGUGUGUGUGUGUGUGUGUGUGUGUGUGUGUGUCAGUUUGAGUGCGUGUGUAUGUGUCUGUGUCAGUUUGAGUGCGUGCACGUGUGUUGCCAUCUGUAAUUACUGUACGGUACCGACCAUGCUGUCAUAAAUACUAGGUUUCAUAAACAGCUUUGUGGUCUUUCUGCCGAGGAUAUAGCACACUGGAAAACUGCCCAAAAACUGCUGAGACAAGUAUGUGUGUUUGUGAAUGUGUCUGUGUGUGUGCUGUUCACCCACUUCCCCUCCCACUGAACUGCAACAGUAGUUGCUGAAUGUCUGGCCUUGCUCUCGUUUGUAUUCAGUAGCCAUCAGCAUCCAUGUUGCCAUGAUGUUGUGGUGUAAUAUCUGACAGGAAUCCUGAGAGGUGAUGUCAGCUGCUCCAUGCAAUAUUUAUAACUAUGCAAACACAAUACAGUAGUGUGUACUCCAGCCCUGAUACCAGCCAGCCUCAGGAUGUAGAAACUGCUGGGCAGACAGCUUUCUUUAACAAUCCACUGAUUCAAGAGCUUAAUUCUGCCUGUGAUUAGGGAUGAUAUUUAUAGCUCUCAAAGUUCAGCAUGUCGGGGAACACAAAAAUGUUUUGUUUCUCAACAUUUUUGAUAUCACAUCUUACAUAAAAAAAAUUGGAAGUCUUUGGACAUGGGGGAUCUGGCACUUAAACAACAUAGAAAGAAAGACAAAAAACGACUGCUGUUUAAUUGUUCCGCCCAUCUCUUCAGGUGGACAGUGCCAGGUAACUGUGUGCUCCAGAUACUGAAACUGUUUUCAGAGAGGAAGAUUUAAAAAAAAAAAAAAAAGGAUAUCAGAACAUCACUGGAAUAUUUGUUGUUUUCUAAUUUGAGUCAUUCCUUUUGUUCAUUAAUUUUUUA